AUGAUGAUGAACGAGGUUGAAGGCAAGAAAGUUGUGGUUCAGAAUACCAAGGCGUGUGCUUUCAUGGCAAGUGUUGAGCCUCGUCAAGUUGAGAGGAAGCGGAUGGCUAGACAGAGAAGAUCCUCAUCUUCUUCUUCUUCCAUCACCAGAACUCAUCCAUCAAACCCUCCUCCUCCUCCUCCUACUGCUUCUUCAACUACCAUCUCCAAAGUGCCACUUCCUCCAAUUCCUCCUCUUUUUACUAAACCACCUUCCAAACAAGUUGCGAUUGAUCCAAAGAGGUUGAGCUUCCUUUUCCAAAAAGAGCUGAAGAACAGUGAUGUUAGCUCCCUUAGGAGAAUGGUCUUGCCAAAGAAAGCAGCUGAGGCUUUCCUUCCUGCCCUUGACUCAAAGGAAGGAAUUCUGAUCAACAUGGAUGAUAUCGAUGGUAUUCAUGUAUGGUGCUUCAAGUACAGGUACUGGCCAAACAACAAUAGUAGGAUGUAUGUUCUUGAAAACACUGGAGACUUUGUUAAUGCGCAUUGUUUACGCAAUGGAGAUACCAUUGUGGUUUACCAGGAUAAUGAGAGUCACAACUAUGUAAUUGAGGCGAAAAAGGCUCUUGGCCGUGAUGGAGAUAAGUUUAUGGAAGGUACUGAUACAACCAACAAUAGUAUCUUUCCUAAUGAUUUCGAGUUGAACACGAAUUUCUUCGAUAUAACCUACCCAGAAGUGACUCAUCCCUUUCCUGAAUUUAAUGAUACCUUGAAUGAUGUCAUGAAUGACAAUGGAAUGUCGUUUAUAUAUGACACAACAAUCUCAAAUGACUCACCAUUUGAUUUUAUGAGUGGAUCGAUGACAAAUUACUCGAAGAUGGGAUCUUUUGAAACCUUUGGCUCAGUUGAGAACCUCUCACUUGAUGACUUCUACUGA